AUGGCCGACUACCAGCGUGAGCGGGCGCCGCCCCCGAGGCAGCAACAGCAGCGACCACCGCAACACCAACAAUACGGAAACGAUUACCAGCGAGAUGCCGCGUUUUCGAACAUCUUCGGUGCCGCUCCUCCUCCCGGCCGCUCGCAGACCAUGACUUCGUCCAUCGCGCCGCCGCAGUUCAGCCAGGAUGGGCGUACCAACACAAUGUCCUCGACGACUUCCGCGAUGUCCGACAUGCACCGACCACCGCCUCAACGGCCACCGCCAGGCGGGGAUUACCGCAAUCAAUACCCCCCUCCCCGGCCACGUCCCAACGAUGGCGCCCAGGGCUACGGAUACUAUCAGGGACAGCAGCGCUCAGCAUCGGGGGGGCAGCAGGUUCCGUCACCUCAAUUCAUCCAGCAGCAGCAACAGGCACGGCGACCAUACCCUGGAAGCCCACCGUCGCAGCAGCAACCCCCGCCACAACGCUUCGACACCCGCCGGGGACCGCCUCCUCCUCAGGGCUAUUAUGACAAUAGUCAGCGCGCUCCCACACAGCGAUUCUACCAGGACGGAAGACCCGCUCCCGCUAUGAACAACGAUCCAUAUCGCUCGCAGUCUUUGGCCAACUUCCCGAGACAGCCGAUGUAUCAACAACAAUCCCCACCGCAGGCGUACCAGCCGCAGCAGCAGCAGCCACAACAGCAGGCGCCUGCUAACACUUUGCGAAACGCACAAUACAACCAACAGCCCUCUCGAACAACAGCCCAGGGGCGGAUUGUCCCAGAAAGGCACAUGGAAGACCGGUCCAUGACCAUGACGGGGUAUCCCUCCCAUGACCGAGAUGCCCACCAAACAAUGAGCGGCCGUGUAAUUCCCAACAGGCGACCCGCGGGUGGCGCCACGCCUCAAUCGGACUACGGAAGCAACCACAGCUCACCAAACCCGAACUUCCCGGCGGGUUACGGCCCGCCCGGGUCUCAGACACGGACUACGAGCAUGGCGUCCUCGAUCGGGAACGACAGCAACAGGACCAUGUCCAUGGCCUCGACGAUUGCCCCGUCGACAAUUGCCCCAACAGAAAAGUCGGAUCAAACCGUCGUGCAGCGCUCAUCGAUAACCAACUCGAUCAACGGCGAACGCCCGCCCACCGCUAAGAUCCGGCCGCCUAUCGUCUACCCCGCGCUCCUUUCCCGCGUCGCAGAAUGCUUCCGUCAAAAGAUUGUCACAGGCGACCGCACCAAGAACGAGCUCACAUACAAGAAUGCGUUUAGUGGCGCUGAAGCGGUCGAUGUCCUCUCGUAUAUCAUCAGGACUACGGACAGGAACCUGGCCUUGCUCCUUGGCCGUGCGCUUGAUGCCCAAAAGUUCUUCCACGAUGUUACCUACGAGCACCGGUUGCGUGAUUCGACGUACGAAAUGUACCAAUUCCGGGAGACGAUGACCGAGGAGGUGGAGGAGAAGCCGGCGGUCAAUGGCGUGUUUGUCCUACUCUCCGAGUGCUAUUCCCCGACCUGUACACGGGACCAGCUUUGCUACUCUAUCGCCUGCCCGCGACGGUUGGAACAGGUAUCGAGGCUAAAUCUCAAGAUGGGCCCUGGCCUCAAGGCAGAAGGGAGCGCUCCCGUCAACGACGACGACGUGGAUCAGACGGACGAGCAGAAGCUCUGGAUCAACAGUGUGCCCAAGGAGGUCGCCGACAGCAUCAGCGACCGGGAGAAGAAGAGACAGGAAAUUAUCUCCGAGAUCUGCUACACAGAAAGGGAUUUCGUCAAGGAUCUGGAAUACCUCCGGGACUUCUGGAUCUACCCGCUGCGUGGAAAGAUCAAUGGCAUGUCGCCUAUCCCGCCGCAGAGGAGAGACAAGGUGGUCCGGAACAUCUUCACCAACAUCAUCGAUUCGCCAAGUAUCCAUGGCGUGAGCUCGAGAUUCGCCAGGUCCUUGACCGAACGGCAGCAAAAGACACCGGUGGUGAAGAACGUGGGCGACGUCUUUUUGGAGUUUGUGCCUCAAUUCGAACCUUUUAUCCUCUACGGCUCCAAGCAGCUGGAGGGUAAAUUUGAGUUUGAGAAUGAACGGUCACUGAACAAGGACUUUUCUCGAUUCGUGGACGAGGUCGAGCGGCGGAGGGAGUCCAGGAAGCUGGAGUUGAACGGUUACCUGACGAAACCGACUACGAGAUUGGCCAGAUACCCGCUGCUUCUUGAGAACGUGCUCAAGUACACCGAGGAUGGGAACCCGGAUAAGGAGGAUCUUCCCAAGGUCCUGACCAUGAUCCGAGAUCUCCUGAGCCGUGUCAACGAGGAGUCUGGAAAGGCCGAGAACCGCUUCAACUUGCGCCGUCUCCACGAACAGCUCCGCUUCCGUCCGAACGAAAGAGUGGACUUGAAGCUCACGGACGAGGGCCGCGAGCUGGUGUUCAAGAGCCAGUUCAAGAAGUCGCCGACUGAAAACCCGGAUAUCACAACAUUCCUAUUUGACCAUGCGGUGCUUUUGGUGCGCAUCAAACAGGUGGGCAAGACGGAGGAGGUCAAGGCUUAUCGCAGGCCCAUCCCAUUGGAACUGCUCUCCAUCAAGGAGAUGGAGGAAGUAAUACCGCAAUCCGGAGUGAAGCGCUCGUCGUCUAGCAUACUUCCGGCGCUUCGCAACACCGGCAACGAAACUAAGAAGGGUGACGGGUGGCCGGUUACGUUCCGGCAUCUAGGGAAGAACGGCUACGAGCUGACACUGUACGCCUCGAACCAGUCGAGUCGGCAGAAGUGGCUCGAGGUUAUCGACAACGCGCAGCAGAAGCUCAGGGCUCGGGCUGACUUCCUCAACACCACCAUUAUCACGUCUGGUUUCUUCUCUGGCACGAACAAGGUCAACUGCGUGGCACCCUUUGAUGGCGGGCGCAAGCUCAUCUACGGGACGGACAACGGCAUCUAUAUGUCGGACCGCCGGUCCAAGGAUAACGGAGCGCCCAAGCGCGUUAUCGACGUGCCAAGCGUAACGCAGGUAGAUGUUCUUGAAGAGUACCAGCUGCUGCUUGUGCUCUCCAACCGCUCGCUGCUGUCGUACCAGCUCGGCGCUCUCGAUCCCAACGAGCCGAUCUCGUCCAAGCGGGCCAAGAAGAUCCAGAGCCACUGCAACUUCUUCAAGACGGGCAUCUGCCUCGGCCGCCACCUGGUGUGCUGCGUCAAGAGCUCUGCGUUGUCGACAACCAUCAAGGUCUACGAGCCCAACGAUGCCAUGUCGCGCACCAAGAAGCAGAAGGGACUAAGCAAGAUGUUCAACGCCGGCCAGGACGAGCUCAAGCCGUUCAAGGAGUUUUACAUCCCGACGGAAUCCAGCUCGGUGCAUUUCCUCAAGUCCAAGCUGUGCGUGGCCUGCGCCCGCGGGUUCGAGGUCGUCUCGCUCGAGACGCUCGAGACCCAAUCGCUGCUCGAUCAGGCCGACACAUCGCUCGACUUUGUCGCGCGCAAGGAAAACGUCAAGCCGAUCCACAUCGAGCGGCUCAACGGCGAGUUCCUGCUCAACUACUCGGAGUUCUCCUUCUUUGUCAACCGCAACGGCUGGCGCGCGCGGCCCGAGUGGCGGCUCGACUGGGAGGGCACGCCCCAGGCGUUUGCCCUGUCGUACCCGUGGAUCUUGGCGUUUGAGCCCAACUUUAUUGAGCUGCGGCAUAUUGAGAAUCUGGCGGUGCAUAUUGUGCCACAUCGGAAUAUUCGCAUGCUGCACAGCAGUACGCAUGAGAUUCUCUUUGCGUAUGAAGACGAGCGGGGCGAGGAUGUCAUCGAAGCCAUCGAUUUCUGGAAGAGCCAGAGGAAAUCGGAGAUGUUACCCGGUGGCCUCAACGCGGGGUCUCCGCCUGGUAGCUCACACGGUCCAUCACGGCUAGGCUUGGGGCAGUAA